UGCUGACACAAAGACAGAAAGCAGUCCGGAUUUUUUUGUUUGUUUACAUAAAAAAAAAGCGCUCCGUCGAUUGCUUGUUCGGUGAAAAGAAAUAGUUUCGGUUUGUUCGAUGAGAGAUUUUUUUUCCUCCUUCACGCAAAACGAAACGAUGAGUUCGCUUUUGUCUUCACUUGUUUUGGGCCGUGUGGGAAAUCUAGGCCGCUAGCACGACCGGCUAAGUGCUUCAGUCUGGAACUCAGUUUCCUUUCAUAAUUAGCAACACAAUAAUCUGUAAAAACGGCUAAUUCUCUAAAUCUACCUGCGACACGCUAUUCUGUGAAAUUCUUCUCUUUAUAUUGUAUUUGUUCAGCUUUAUAAACUCACUCGCAUGAAGCUAACUGGAUGUAGCAUCUUAGCUGGCUUCAUAUUGUUGGCAGUGGCUUUUCCCAGAAUUCCACAUCAUCUGCCAAGUGUUGUGGUCUGCAAGUCUUCAUCCCGGUGCCUCGUCUAAUUAAUUUCAGUUCGCAUGGGCUAUGAGGAGUCUAGAGCCAGGAUGCACUGUUGAAGCCGUUUUCGAGCAGUGUGUGGAGACCUGUGUCUUAUUAGCAUGCUCUUAAGGAUGGCAUGAGCAACCUGUUCCUCUUUGAACACAAGGUCGAGCUUCAUAAGGGACGCGAGAGGAUAAAGCUGGCCAUGUCACGGGUCCCGACCCCGCCUCCUCCAGGGGAGAUGACCUCAGGACCUGUGGCAGAGAGCUGGUGUUACACACAGGUCAAAGUAGUGAAGUUCUCCUACAUGUGGACGAUAAACAACUUCAGUUUCUGCCGAGAGGAGAUGGGAGAGGUGCUGAAAAGUUCCACAUUCUCUUCUGGACCCAACGACAAAAUGAAAUGGUGUUUGAGAGUGAAUCCGAAAGGGCUCGAUGAUGAGAGUAAAGAUUAUUUGUCCCUCUACCUGCUGCUCGUAAACUGUCCGAAAAGUGAAGUGAGAGCAAAGUUCAAGUUCUCCCUGCUGAACGCCAAAAGAGAAGAAACUAAAGCCAUGGAAAGUCAAAGAGCGUAUCGAUUUGUCCAGGGCAAGGAUUGGGGCUUCAAAAAGUUUAUCAGGCGGGACUUCUUACUUGACGAAGCGAAUGGACUUCUACCAGAUGACAAGCUUACACUUUUUUGUGAGGUGAGUGUGGUGCAGGACUCUGUGAACAUUUCCGGUCAAUCCAACAUGAACAUGCUAAAGGUGCCCGAGUGUCAGCUGGCUGAUGACUUGGGCAGCCUGUGGGAGGGAUCCAGGUUCACCGACUGCAGCCUGUUUGUGGGAGGACAGGAGUUUAAAGCACACAAAUCCAUCCUGGCAGCGAGGUCACCGGUUUUCAAUGCCAUGUUCGAACACAAAAUGGAGGAGAGUAAAAAGAACCGCGUGGACAUCAGCGACGUCGAACCGGACGUGUUUAGAGAGAUGAUGGUCUUUAUCUACACAGACAAAGCGCCAAACCUGGACAAAAUGGCCGAUCACCUGUUAGCCGCAGCAGACAAGUACGCUCUGGAGAGAUUGAAGGUGAUGUGCGAGGAGGCUUUGUGCAACAGUCUGUCCGUCGAGAAUGUGGCAGACAUCCUCAUCCUGGCAGACCUGCACAGCGCCGAACAGCUCAAAGCACAAGCCAUAGACUUCAUCAACAGGUGCAGCGUUCUCAGACAACUGGGCUGUAAAGAUGGGAAGAACUGGAAUAGCAAUCAUGCAGCAGACAUAAUGGAGACUGCAGGCUGGAAGGCCAUGAUCCAGUCCCAUCCUCACCUUGUGGCCGAAGCCUUCCGUGCCCUCGCGUCAGCCCAGUGUCCUCCGUUCGGCCUGCCCAGGAAAAGGCUUAAACAGUCCUGACCGUCGCCAUGACGCGCUUCGGAAAGAUGCAGCAGCCAGCCUUGAUUCCUUCGUGCCCCCUUCACUCCCUUUUCACCCGUACUAAAGCCCAGCUGGAGGACUGCACUAGCUUACAGUGCGCUUUGCUCACUGCAGAAGACGACGACGAAGAAGGAGGAACCAGCUUUAAAAUGGCCGCCUCCGAGCUGGCUCCUCUCUGCUCAGUGAUGUGUCAUUUGAUAAAUGGCCUUAAAGGACAUGCCUUUUCCCUCCAGGCCUGUCCGGAUUGCACUAACUCUCUUCCGUAACACCGUAGUUUUGAGGUGAUGUUUAGGUCCCUUGUCUGUGAACGGUUUUCAACGUGGGCACAUUAACUGGCAUCCAGAAUGUUAAAGCCCUGCCUGUGAUUUAUGGACAUUUUGGAGGACAAAAACCCGUGAACUCUCGAGAAAACGGACCCAUGUGUCAAGUGCGAAAUCAUUUCCUCGAACACUCUUUUUUUUUUUUUUUUUUUUUUUUUUAAAGCAAGAACCCCCCCCCAUGUUGCCCAUGUUGUUUUUCCGAAAUGUUUACUAGUGUGUUUAACAUCAGUAAAUAUGGGCGUAAGUAUUACCUGAGAUUCUGCAUUAGAAUACUUGGUGAAAUGUGAUGCAUUCUUUCUGAGUAUGUAAUUAUGAGUAUUACACAAAAGCAGAACUGAACGUGUCGAUAUUUUGCACCUCCUUCACUAUUGGGUAAAUAUGAAGAUUUGUUUAUCAUAUUGUUUACAAAAGUUUUUUUUUUUUUCCAACACAAGACUUAUUUUUGACUUUAGUUGUAUGGAGUUUAUUUUCUAUGAUUAGCAGCUUUGCUUACUCGAAAAAAUGGCAGAGUUCUUUGUGUUUGGAAAAAUGUAUUGUGGUUCUAAAGAACUUUGAUUUAUUUGCUUUGAAAUUAAAACACAAAAAGCACA